UUACAAGUUUAAAAUAUAUAAAUUCACCGAAAUGUCUGGACGUGGAAAAGGAGGCAAAGUCAAGGGAAAGUCAAAGUCUCGUUCGAGCCGAGCUGGACUGCAAUUUCCUGUGGGACGUAUUCACCGGUUACUUCGCAAGGGAAAUUACGCUGAGCGCGUUGGUGCUGGGGCACCGGUCUACCUCGCUGCAGUGAUGGAAUACUUGGCUGCUGAAGUACUUGAAUUGGCGGGUAACGCAGCCCGUGACAACAAGAAGACCAGAAUCAUCCCUCGACACUUGCAGCUUGCCAUCCGCAAUGACGAAGAAUUGAACAAACUUCUCUCAGGUGUUACCAUCGCCCAGGGAGGUGUCUUGCCUAACAUCCAAGCUGUUCUUUUGCCAAAAAAGACCGAGAAGAAGGCUUAAACUUCUACUAUCAUCAAAACACACAAUCGGCCCUUUUCAGGGCCACCAAAAUUAUUUACGUCAAAGAACCAUUAUCGAUUC